AUGCCUACGUGGCCUCACGUCGCUCAUCGUCGCAUGCUGCUCAUCGCCUCACGUCGCUCAUCGCCUCACGGCGCUCAUCGCCUCACGUCGCUCAUCGCCUCACGGCGCUCAUCGCCUCACGUCGCUCAUCCCCUCUCGUCGCUCAUCCCCUCUCGUCGCUCAUCCCCUCUCGUCGCUCAUCCCCUCUCGUCGCUCAUCGCCUCACAUCGCUCAUGA